GAGAGAUGCGACUUCAUUUCCCAGCAUACAUUGGAAUGACGAGGUAGUUUGUUGUCGUCGCAGCGCGGGAUAAAUUUGAAGGACUAAGCAUUAAAAUGGCGGAGCAGGUUCAGGAAAAGUCUGCCGAUAGAAGCCUCAGAAAUGAGAACCAUGGCCAGACCCAAAACGAGGUGGAGUCAGAAGAAAACUCCAAGGCAACCAAAAGAAGUCUUUGUGAUGAUCCCAGCUCUGAGCCACCUAAGAAAUCUUCUCGUUCAGCAUCACCCUCUAAAGAGUCCUUAGUGUCAGGGGUAGACGAUGAUUUAGAAGAACCAAAGGUUCCUUUGCCAGAAGACACAAUUACUAAAACCAAGGAAGGUUCCGAACUGAGUCCUCGCUCAAAAAGGAAAUCUUGGAGGAGGUCAACACGAAGCAGACGCUCCCUGCCUUUAUUUUCUGGUGCCAUUCAAAACUUGUGUAAAUCUAUAAGUCCAUCCUUACCAGACGAGGAGAGGCUUGAAAAAUUAAUGGAAGCUGCUAUGAAUAUGGCUGUGGAGAAGCUUCAGAAGACCCUUGUCACUUUGCCAGGUGCUGAUGUAGAAAAGUUCCAAACACAAGUGGAGUCCUUAAAGAAUGGCUGGGCCUGUGUGGCGAAACAAAUACGCGAACAAAGCCAGCUAGAAGAAAAAAGAAAAAAAAAUACCAAAAGUGACCCUAAUAUUGAGAGAGCCUUGGCGCUGUCCAGGAAUGCUAUCACCAGGUUGGAAACAGAAAGUGCAUUGUGGGACUCUCUCCUUGAAAAGCAUCAGUCAAAAGCUGAAGAGCUGGCAAAGCUAAUAGAGAAGGGCGAGCGUUUGCCGUUAGACCCCAGCCGCAUGGCCCAGUCCUCACAGAGUGCACUGAUUCAAUGUAAACCAGACUACUGCAACAUCCUCUCCAGACAACAGCAGCGUCUCCACACUGUGGAACUGGUGCUGGACGCCCAGUGUAAACUGUUUAAGGAACUGCUGUCUUUCCAGGAACAGUGUGAGCUACUCGUAAAGGAGAUAAGCAGCAAACUUGCUGAUGAGGCUGGAUUCCAGGAUCUGCCUUGUCCUGUCAGAAACCUUCUUAAAGGACCUGUGGCUAGCACGUCAUCUUAAUGUUUCAGACUUUGAAUGCUGGACCUGGACACAACAGGAAUACCUGUCAUCAGUGUGCUCAGUUAACCUUGAGUAUUUAUGUACAUACACACAAGCAUGUAUUUGUAUGGUGUAAAUAUCAGGCUUCUUACCAAGGCAAUACUUGGAGUUGUCUCAUUCAUCUGUGCUUAAAUGUCAUUGAAUUCAAAUGUCUUAAUAUCAGUGACUUUGUUUAACUGCACUUUUUAAAAUAUUCAUGUUUGUAAAGAAAAGAUGUGCUGGUUUGACAAAAGUUACAGCAAAAAGUCACUGCGUUUUGCAACAUUGUUAAUGUCUAUAAAAUACUGGCAUUAGUGAAAUAUCAAUCAGUGUCCACUAGAUGGCACUACAGUCCUGUGUUUUCUUAAUGUUCAGACACGUGCUGGCAUACUUUGUAAAUGCUUCAUUGAAUGUGCAAAGUGCCUGUUUUCCUAUAAAACCACAUCACACCAAUACAGUUGUCUCUACGAAAAUAUUAAAAGUGAGAAGAUUGAGUGUAUUCUCAAAGAUUGAAAA